ACUCCGACCAGACACAGGGCACCAGGAUGGAUCAAGCAGGUCUGAGGGGCAGAAGAGGCCAGCAUCUCAAUCCCAGGAUCAACAUGUAACUCAGAGGGACAGAUUGGGGGGAGGAAGAGAGAGAAAGAAAACACAGGUUGUUAGCUUGUUAAAGACGUGAGGCAUCACCCGGUACGGGUGCAAUGUCCUUUCGCUCCACAUGAGCUCGACUAUGUGGUACAUCAUGCAGAGUAUUCAGAGUAAAUACUCCCUUUCGGAAAGGCUCAUCCGAACAAUCGCAGCCAUUCGCUCAUUCCCACACGACAAUGUGGAAGACCUGAUACGCAAGGGAGCCGAUGUGAACAGGAUGCACGGCACUCUGAAGCCCCUGCACUGCGCCUGCAUGGUGGCUGAUGCAGACUGUGUGGAGCUUUUGCUGGAGAAAGGUGCAGAGGUAAAUGCUUUGGAUGGCUACAAUCGCACGGCGCUGCAUUACGCAGCAGAGAAAGAUGAGGGUUGUGUGGAGUUGCUGCUGGAAUAUGGAGCUCAACCCAACGCGCUGGAUGGCAACAAGGACACGCCGCUACACUGGGCUGCCUUCAAAGACAACCCCGAGUGUGCACGUGCGCUGCUGGAGAGUGGCGCCCAUCCUAACGCACGUGACUACAACAAUGACACGCCACUCAGCUGGGCUGCCAUGAAGGGAAACCUGGAGAGCGUGCGUGUGCUGCUGGACUACGGCGCCCAAGUUCACGUGACCAACAUGAAGGGCCAGACUCCCAUCUCGCGCCUGGUGGCACUGCUGGCGCGUGGCCUGGGCUCCGAGCAGGAAGAACAGUGUCUGGAGCUGCUGUGCAGUGCUGCGGGGAGACUGGAGAUGCGCCGGGCCGAUGGCUCCAUGCCUCACGAGCUGAGUAAACAUCCGCAGCUUCUGGCUCGCCUCACCAGCAUGAUGGCCCAACCGGCGCUGCUGAGAGAUCUAGCCCGUUGCGCUGUACGUAGCAGCCUCGGGGCGCAGUACCUUCCUACAGCUGUGAACCAGCUCCCGCUGCCUGAGUCUGUUAAACAGUACGUACUCCUCAGAGACUCUGUGGAUAUACGAGGCAGAGAGGUGGAGAACACUGUUUGUAAUGCACUGCAGAGCAAUUAGUGGUAUACUAAAGGAGCAAAACAGCCUUAUAAAUCUGUGUUAAUAUACAUUCAUCAGCCACUUUAAUAGCAGUACCUGUUCAUUUAUGUUGUUCUCCAGUUGGGCAAUUGUGUGGCAGAAUAAAACCUUGUAGAUACGGAACACGAGCUUCAUUUAACGUUACAGUGCGCACACACCCAGUCAGCAGCGUCUUAAGUGGAAAAGAAUUGAAGUCUGAGGACAAUAACCAGACUUAUUUAACAUCACAGGAAGGCGACAGUAACUUGAGCAUGUAACGAUAUAUAUCGUGUGACGAUAAAUCGCGAUACAAAUUUAUGACGGACGAAAUAAACUGAAUUGUGAUCAUCACCAGCUUGCACAAUCAGUUUUUGCAAGCUGUAAUUGCGUUGCUUAGACAGCAGAGGGCAUAACCGUACAAUAGUGGAAAUGAGCGUGACGUCACAGUAAGCGGAAGUUACAAGCAAUAACAUCUCGGACGUGUGAUUGGAUAAAUAAAUUUAACAAUAAAUCAGAGCUGCUUUUUUUUUUUUUUAACAUACUGCUGAAAGAGGAAGGAAAAAAGGUGGAAAUAGUUGUUUUAAUAUUUCAAGCCCGACUACAGCCAUCACAUGUUUAUUAAGAAAAGGCCGAUUUUGUCUUUUUUUUUAAAAUAAAAAGGAAUAUUUGAUUUAAUAAGCUCUAUUUUACUUCAACCUUUGCACAUGUUUGUAAAUAAUUGUUGUUGGGUAUGAAUAAAAUGAAGGGUUUUUUUAUAUAAUAGGAAAAUAAAUAGUGCAUUUUUGGUCAAUAAAAUUUUCUUUUUCUUUUGGCUGCUCCCAUUAGGGUUCACCACAGUGGAUCGUUUUUCUGCAUGUUUGUUUUUGGCAGAGGUUUUACACCGGAUGCCUUUCUUGAUGCAACUCUCCCUAAACUAUCUGGGCUUGGCACCGGCACCAAGUACGCACUGAGCUGUGCAACCCUAAUGGCUGGGUAUUUUACCUAAUCUGUACGUCUUUGAACUGUGAGGGAAACCUACGCAGACAUGCAAAGAACUUGCAAACUCCGCGCAGAAAGGCCCCAUCAGCCGUAAGAUUCGAACCCAGAACCUUCUUGCUGUGAAGCGACAGUUCUCACCACUACCCCAUCAUGCCGCAGUAAACUAAAUUUUUAAUUUAUCGAAAAAGAAAAUUAAAUUGAAUUGUGACUUGGGUGAAGAUUUACACACCGAUAAAUAACUCCUCUUGACGUCUGUGGUGAACAGAAAAGCAUCUCGGAACGUGUUAAAACAUGAGGUGGACAAGCGACAUCAGCCAAAGAUCACAUCAGGUUCCACUCCGGUUGCCCAAAGAACAGGCUACAGUGGGUAGAGGCUCAGCUGAUUUAUUAUUAUUUAUUUUUUUUUUUUUUGGUUGGUUGGUUGUGCUGCUGUCAUGUGAUUGGCUGAUUUGGAGAAUUGCACGAAUGAGCAGUACAGGGGUUCCUAUUAAAGUGGCUGAUGGUGUCAGAGAAAGAGAUGUAGUGUUACCUACGUAUUUAUUUCCCAGAAUGUUUAAAAAAAAAAAUUUACAUUGAAUGGUAUGUUCCCAAGAAUCAGGACUCUUGUGCACAAACGAACAGCACAGUUAUAAAUGAUUGAUACUUUAAUGACACUAAUCUUAAAAAAAAAAAGGCUAAUAGUAUAAAUUCUUAUAAAAAUUCCUAAUAUAUUGUGAAAUUCUUCACAACCAUCUUUUUUUUUUUAAUGACUAUAACUUGCUUGGCCAUUGACUGAAUAAUUUUAAUUUAUAAUGAAUUUAUAAAUUAAGAGUUGCCUGAUUUUCUUUGUGGUGGUGAUACUAUUUUAAUUGGGAUUGUAAAAUGUAUAGUGUAGGAUUUGUAAUUGGGGAUUCUAUGAGAAAUUUAUGAGGGAUAAAUUUUAGUUCAUAUGUUUAAAAUCUAUUUUUCUGUCAAGCUAUUUUGCGACACUGUUUAGUUAAAAACCGUAUCCAAAUAAAUUAACGUUAGGCAUUUACUUUGUGUUAUCGGUGGAGGGAGGACUACAGUAUAACUUAUAAGCUAUAAAUGCUGGUGCUUCCCUUUAGGCUGUGUUUUUUUUUUUUUUUUUUUUUUUCCCCCCUUUCUCCCCUUUUGUGAGAUCACGGAGAGCAUGCAGUUUACUUUUACACCUCACAAGACACAAAAAGGACCACUGUUGUACCUUUGUGGACACAUUUGCGUUGUUUGUACCCUGAGGGAACAAAUCCUGGACUCUGUGAUUAAGCAGUUGUGAACGCUUCCUAUUGGGAUCUGUACAGCUUUCUCAGUGGUAGAACACGGCACGUUCGUUCACAAUAUCUUGCGUUUCUGAAUUUUAUAAGCUUGUACUCUGUUUCAGUUGGGACUUUUCGUCAUGUUUCUGCUCUAAUAUUAUAGAAAGUGAGCCAGUGUGAUGUUUGUGUGUAUUGUGUGUCGUCAACCACUUGACACACUUUCUUUGUGGAACACAAGUAAAAACCCGUCCUGCAUCACAA